AUGCUCAGGAAGGAGAUUGACUUUGUUGUGCUGUGCGUUGGGGAUACAGUAGAAGAUGGGGUCCUUGCUUUCAGAGAUGCUCACUUUAGUGGGAACAAUCUCUUUAUUCCUCAGGAUCCCUGUAGCUUAAGGUGCUCCCCAAAAUUAAAAGAUUCUAGUAAACGUUCUGUCUGGAAGGCCACAUUGAUACUUUUUCUCAUAAGAGAACUUAAUUCUUAUUUCCUUCUCUCAGACAAGAUUCCUGUGCUAAGAGAAGGAAAACUACCUGUGGUGGGAAUUGGAAAGCACCUGUGUGGUGUGGCAACAGAUCUUGCAUUACAAUGUUUGCUUGAAACCUAUGCUGCCAGUUACGGGGAAAGGAAUGAAGAACCUUUAGCCAAACGCAUAAAGAAUGAUAAAACAGAAAAGGAAAUGAACACUUUGGCCAAGGAAGGAAAUGAACGAAGUGUCCCAGAGAAGCAGACCCCUGUGGCUGGCAUUGUUAUUGCGCUUUGUUGUCACCACAGGUGUGACUGGAGACAUUAUGUGGGCAAAGAGUAUUUCAGGGCGCUAGGCCUUGGAGCAGUGGAAUUCUACUACUUCCAGCGAAUGAGUAGUUGGGCGACCU